AUGGAACCAAUGGUCAUCGGUCAAGUGCCGCUUUCGAAGCCUCGGAAGUUGCAAUGGGAUAAUGGCGAACCGCUGUUCAGUCUGUUGAAAGAAGAUAUAGCCGGGACUUCUAGUCAGAGAUAUGUCGGCAGCAUCCCAUUUAAUAUAUAUGGAGAACCUCUCAAGGGGAGGCCCGACUUCCACAGCACAAACGAUAUUCCGGGAGCGCAGGUGAACUCUCUCGUCAAGGGAAUCGUCACUCGACGAAAAUUGGAUCCUCAGAAUCCGAAAUAUACUUUCCUGGACGGUAGCAAAGGAUUAAUACCAAAGAAUUUGAUGUGCGCUCGUCCAAUUACGGAAGUUGUCUCUGAGGCCGAGCGCGGUUUGCCACCAAGGCUUCCCUCAUCCAUUGGAAUGGAAUUUUCUACUACCAGCAAAGUACCAGCAACAACUGUCAAGGGACCUCCGGAGCACCAGCAUGAAGUCCCUAGUGCUCGUCAUAGUAUAGUGACGGUGAGUACCCCGGGCAUGACAGCAGCACAGAGAUUGGACCAGUUCAUUACGCCAGGGCCCACCGCCCGAAGUUCACCUCCUCCCGUGUAG